AGCACUCUCGUCAGUUCAGAAUCAGACGGCUUCCAGUGCUGAAGUGUUUCGUUGAAGAGGAGGAAUUCUCGCGCGCUGGUUUGCGGUACGUUUUUUUGUGAGGUUCUGGUGAAGUUCUGAAGCCCGCUAAAUCCCACGGAGGGUUUCGUAGUUCGCGCAUUGAAGUUUUUCGUUUCGUUUCUUGGAGGAAACCGGAGGAGAUUGAUGUAUGUGUACGACUUUAGGGGGUGUGCAGCGUGGAGGAGCAGCAGUGUGUUGCGCACUGUGGAGAAGUGAGUGCAAAGAAGAAAUAGAAAGAUCGUACCUACCUGUUCUUUCCCAUUGACCGUGUGCACUGUCAAGACCUGCCGCAGCGGCCUGCGGGUUUCAACCUUUCCAAGGUGUGUGUGAGGGGUGGCUUGCCGUAUGCUAAGGCAUUUUCUGCUGCUUCUGCUUUUUAUUGUUCGGAUUGUUCGAUUUCCGUCGACAGUACACAUGUAAUUAUUUAUCUUCCCGAAUGGUGGAUCGCUUAUAUGGUAGAUUCUCUAAGUGAAUGGAAAACGAAGUGUUUUAGAGAAGAGCUUUUAUUGAUUGAGUACGCUAUUUGGAUUUGUUAUUCGCGGGGGCCAAGAGGGUCAUCGAAUGACAUCAUGUCCAACGGGAUGGCCUGUGGAGGCCGCGAAGGAUCGGCGAGAUUAAAGUGCGAUCGAUUAAUCAAACUCUGAACGAGAACAAGUGCGAGAAGAUUGUGUAUCAAAACGCAGAGAAUCAACAAGUGACCCCCCUGUGGAGAUACAAAUGCCCCGUGCGCAACGAAGAGUCCGGCGAAGAGUGGUUAAACACAUUAAACGUGAAAACAGAGAUCUCGAGCGCUCUGCAGACCCAAAGCAGCACUGAUUUGAAUGGAGUGUGAAGCGAAAACCUGAUUUUCAUUCAUAAACCGAGAAGAAUUGCGAGAUAGCCCCUGCAACAUCCACUCGAUACAACCAACAACUGUGGGACCUCUCUAGUGGACGGCAAACCAAACAAACCGCCCAAUCCAUUGAAGACCUGUGGCAACGGUCGAGCACAUUUCUAUUAUACAAUGUAUUUAGAGCUGACGACUAAUUAGUAAUUCAAUUGUGGAAUUGUUGUUUUUUUUUCGCUACGACUACGAAUAAUUCAACCUAAAACCGGUGUUGAACCCCGUUUGUACAAACGAAACAAAAAUGUGAAGAUUCGCAUGAAAAAACGUAAUGUCUUGUCGCAUCAAACAUCGGAUUAAUUAAUUCGAAGACUAACACCCUUCAGGAAAUUUUUUAGAAGAACCCCAAACCGAAAGGACCGGAUCCCCGGUGCGUGGAACCGUAAAAUGGAAAACGAUACGAUAGCAACGGUGUGUUCGUGUUCUUGAAAUUUUUUGAUUGUUUUUAAUUGUAUCCCAUUAGAGGCGGGAAGAAAACCCGAAAGAGCCAGCCCAAAAAGCGAAGAAUAAGCGACAACCGAAGGUGCCGUGGAAAAAAAAAAGGUAGUGUAGUGUGACGAAGAAGACGUGGUGGAGACGCGACGGAAGUCGAGAAUAAUAAUUUAAUCGAGAGAAUUGCGCAAAGGCGCUUCAACAACUGGUUACAUCCGACAGUUCAGGGUGGCGACGAUUUUCUCGGGCGAAGAAAAAGCGAUUUUAUUACACACUACAGUGACCCAAGAGGCGACCCAAAAAAAGAGGCGAGAGUUUUUUUUUUGUUCGGUGCGGUAGAGUUCAGUGUUGGUGAAUAAUCUGGGUUGUUUGAUUUGUGUGUGCCGCAAGGGUUGAGACAACAUGGGAGACACGAUGAUGGAACAGUGGAAGUGGAAACUGUUUCUGCUACUGCUGGUGCAGCAGAUUGGAUUCGGGAGCUGCUAUCUGAAGGAUUACAUCCACAAACAGGAGGAUAACGAAAUGAGAGUUUGCAUCGGAACCAACGGACGCAUGUCGGUGCCUUCGAACCGCGAGUACCACUACAAAAACCUCCGGGAUCGAUACACCAACUGUACCUACGUGGAUGGCAACCUGGAGAUCACCUGGAUCCAGAACACCUCGUACGAUCUGAGCUUCCUACAGCACAUCCGGGAGGUGACCGGCUACGUGCUGAUCAGCCACGUGGACAUUCCGCAGGUUAUUUUGCCACGACUGCAGAUCAUCCGAGGUCGCACGACGUUCAAGCUGAACAAAUGGGAGGACGAAUUCGGGCUGUUUGUGUCGUUCUCGCAGAUGAACACCCUGGAGAUGCCAGCGCUACGGGAUAUAUUGAGCGGGUCAGCCGGAAUAUUCAACAACUACAAUCUGUGCCACGUGAAGACCAUCAACUGGGACGAAGUGCUGUCCGAUUCCAAAGCCCACUACCGGUACACGUAUAACUUCACCUCGCCCGAACGGGACUGUCCGCCGUGUCACCCGAGCUGCGAGGUCGGCUGCUGGGGCGAGGGAACCCACAACUGUCAAAAGUUCAGCAAACUGAACUGCUCUCCUCAGUGCUCGCAGGGGCGCUGCUUCGGAUCGAAGCCCCGCGAAUGCUGCCAUCUGUUCUGUGCCGGUGGCUGCACGGGUCCUACCCAGAAAGACUGCCUAGCCUGUAAGAACUUCUACGACGAUGGCGUGUGCAAGCAGGAGUGCCCGCCCAUGCAACGUUACAACCCAACUAACUACCUCUGGGAGCCGAAUCCAGAGGGCAAGUACGCCUACGGAGCCACCUGCGUGCGGAACUGUCCGGAACAUCUGCUCAAAGACAACGGAGCUUGCGUGCGAACGUGCCCAUCGAACAAGAUGGCCCAGAACGGAGAGUGCGUCCCGUGUAAUGGAGCUUGCCCGAAAACCUGCCAAGGCGAGGGAAUCGUCAAUUCCGGUAACAUCGACAAGUACAAGGACUGUACCAUCAUCGAAGGAUCGUUGGAAAUUCUCGAUCAGACAUUCGACGGGUACCAGCAGGUGUUCAGCAACUUCUCGUUUGGGCCACGCUACAUCAAAAUUCACCCGGAUCGGUUAGAGGUGUUUUCGACACUGAAAGAAAUCAGCGGGUUCAUCAACAUUCAGGGUUUCCACGCGGACUUCAAGAAUCUGUCGUACUUCCGGAACCUGGAGGUGGUUGGCGGACGUCAGCUCAAGGAGAAUCUGUUCGCUUCUGUGUAUAUUGUAAAGACAUCCCUUCAAUCUCUGGAGCUAAAAUCCCUGAAACGGGUCAACUCGGGCGCCAUCGUCAUCCUGGAGAACGAUCACCUGUGCUACGCGCAGGAGAUCGACUGGUCCAAAAUCAAGAAGUCGGCCGAUCACGAGAGUGUGAUACAGUCCAACCGGAAUCCCAAGACUUGCCACGAGGCAGGAAUGUUCUGCGACGAACAGUGCACCAAGGCGGGCUGCUGGGGUAAGGGACCGGAACAGUGUCUCGAGUGCAAGAACUUUGUUUACCAGGGCAAAUGUUUGGACAGCUGCAAGAGUCUUCCAAAAAUCUACCAAGUCAACUCGAAAACGUGUGGAGAUUGUCACCCAGAGUGUUUGGAUUCAUGCUACGGACCCAAUGCCGACAACUGUGGAUCGUGCGUCAACGUUAAGGACGACAAGUUCUGCGUGUCGGAGUGCCCGAUCACCAAGUUCAACCAGAACGGAACCUGCGUCGAGUGUCACAAAACUUGCAUCGGAUGCAACGGACCGGAGGGUACGAUCGCCCCCAAUGGAUGUAUUUCGUGUGAUCGAGCCAUCAUGCGAAGCGAUGGCACGGUCGAACGGUGUCUGAUGAAGGAUGAACCCUGUCCAGAUGGUUACUACAGUGAACGCGUCGAACAGGACGAAGGUCCCCUGAAACAUCUGUCUGGAAAGUCGGUAUGCCGCAAGUGUCAUCCACGCUGUAAGAAGUGCACCCAGUACGGAUUCCACGAGCAAGUCUGCCAGGAAUGUGCUAGCUACAAGCGUGGUGAACAGUGCGAGGAUGAAUGUCCGAUCGAUCACUUCGUCAACGAAGAAACUCGUGAGUGUCUACCGUGUCACGCGGAAUGUCGCGGAUGUCGAGGAUUCGGCGAGGAUCAAUGCCUGGAGUGCCGCAACCUGAAACUGUACGAGGGAGAUCCCUAUGAUAACUCCACGGCGUUCAACUGUACCUCAACCUGUCCGCCGACACAUCCGUUCAAGCAUUUCCCGGUGGAAACCAGCAAGAUUGGACCGUACUGCUCUGCCGACCAGGUUCAAAGUGGAUUCCGACUGGAGACAUCGACGACUCCGCUCCUGCUGCUUGCGAUACUGGUUCCGCUGGCGCUAAUCAUCUUUGUAAUGGGUAUGGCCUAUCUGUAUUGCACGCAGAAGAACAAGAAAGAUGCCGUCAAAAUGACGAUGGCGUUGGCUGGAUGCGAGGAUUCCGAACCGCUGAGACCGACUAACGUUGGACCUAAUCUGACCAAGUUGCGAAUCGUCAAGGAAGCGGAACUGCGUCGGGGUGGUGUCAUGGGCAUGGGUGCGUUUGGUCGGGUGUUCAAGGGUGUCUUGAUGCCGGAGGGCGAGAGUAUCAAGAUUCCUGUGGCGAUCAAGGUGUUGAUCGAGAUGUCCGGGUCCGAGUCGAGUAAGGAGUUUUUGGAAGAGGCAUACAUCAUGGCGUCGGUUGAGCAUCCGAAUUUGCUGAAACUGCUGGCAGUUUGUAUGACUUCCCAAAUGAUGUUGAUCACGCAGUUGAUGCCUUUGGGAUGUUUGUUGGACUACGUGCGCAACAACAAAGACAAGAUCGGAUCGAAAGCUCUGUUGAACUGGUCUACUCAAAUUGCCCGUGGUAUGGCUUAUCUGGAAGAGCGAAGACUUGUGCAUCGUGAUUUGGCCGCUCGAAACGUGUUGGUUCAGACACCUUCCAGCGUGAAGAUUACUGACUUCGGAUUGGCAAAGCUUUUGGACUACGAUUCAGAUGAGUAUCGUGCGGCUGGUGGAAAGAUGCCGAUCAAGUGGUUGGCCUUGGAAUGUAUUCGCCACCGAGUGUUCACGAGUAAGAGUGAUGUGUGGGCGUUCGGCGUUACGAUAUGGGAGUUGAUGACUUACGGUGCCCGACCUUAUGAGGACGUUCCGGCAAAGGACGUUCCAGAACUGAUUGAAAUGGGUGGAAAACUUCCACAGCCGGAUCAUAUUUCGCUGGAUGUGUACAUGAUCUUGAUUUCUUGCUGGCACUUAAAUGCCGAUGCUCGUCCAACAUUCACAACUUUGGAAAAGACCUUUGCCGAAAUGGCUAGAGAUCCUGGUCGAUAUCUGAGUAUCCCAGGCGAUAAGUUCAUGAGACUGCCCUCGUAUACCAAUCAGGAUGAGAAAGACUUGAUCCGUACUCUUGCACCGGUGGCUGAAGCUGGAAUUCCUGGAACUAUUGUCGAGGCCGAAGAAUACUUACAACCGAAGACACGGCCGGCCUUAAUGCUUCCUCCGUCAUCAAUGGAGAAGUCAGACGAUAUGUCCAAGUCUAUGCGCUACAGCAAAGAUCAGCUAAAGACGGACGAAGAAUCGGACCGAAAUGCGCGUGAAGUCGGCGUCAGUGGAAUGCGACUGAAUCUACCACUGGACGAGGACGACUAUCUGAUGCCAACUUGCCAAAGCCAAGCACCGUCGGUUCCCGGUUACAUGGAUUUGAUCGGUGUUCCCGCUAGUGUUGAUAAUCCAGAGUACCUGAUGGGAUCCGCCGGUAGCAAUAUCAGCACAGGCCUUCCAACUCCACCGCCGGUGACGCCGUGCAGCAGCGGUAUUAGCACUACUACUCCCAAUAGUCCCGUAACUAGCAUACCUCCUAACAUUAGCAUCAUUAGCACCAAUCCUAGCAACAGCAAUGCCAACAUUACCGCUAGCAUCAUCAAUAACAACAACACCGUUGUUGCCAACCAUGCCAUCGAAAAGGAAGAAGCCAUACCAUUGCCGCACACGACGCUCAACGAACCCCAGGCAGCCCCGCCAACGCAGACCUUGGGUAUCCCACUAUCGCCAACAGAAACGAUAGAAACCACUUCCGAGCAUGAGUACUACAACGAUCUGCAACGGGAACUGAUUCCGCUACAUCGGAACGAAACUACGGUGUGAUCUGACCACUGAACCGCGGCGGCGCACACCAAACCCCAAUUGUACAGAACUGAACUUCCAUUCUGAUUAAUCAUCAUAGGCGAAAUAUUAGGAGAUUUUUAAUGAAAGAAACAUCGAAUGAAGCAACUUUAUAUAGCAAUCGAAUUAGCAUACAAAAAAGUUCAAAGUUUGUAUCGUAAGUGCCUUCAAUACAUGUAACGUUUAAGGGAACUAGGGAAUAGUGGAACUAGUUGGAGAUAAAAUCGAUCGUGCCUUUAUCAGCGAAGUGGUCCUCCGGGAUACCACUUCCGAACACACAAUUGUACAUAUAGUCGUGUUUAUAACGGAUAUUUAAACUGAACAUAGCUAGCGAUGGAUAGCUUAUACAAUAGUGUACUUAAAAUCAUCGUCGGAAGAUGUUGAACAAUUUUAACAAAGCGAAGAGUUUGAGCCAAGUACAAUACGGCGGAAGCUGCCCUUUUUGGAAAAGAUUCUGACAGUGUGUAAUGGUCAUAAAACCGAUACCCUGUCCAGUGGUUUGAGUCAGCAAAGUCGAUCGGUGGCAGACAAAAUUGGCUAAAAUCUAAAAUUUUAUGUAUUUCAUUUGUUUUAAUCUGUGAUACUAUUUAUAAUCGAAUGUCAAAUUUUAUACAAUCUAGGUUUUACUACAAAGACAACGGUUUAAGAGUACAUAUAUAUAUUAGGCAUCAAGCAAUAGCAAGUAUAUGUGGUAGUCGAUAGAAAAUAAAAAAUUGAUUUCAAGCGUAAAUGUCUGCAUAAAUCCAUUUAACGAUCUACAUACGAUUAACAUUCGUUCCACAUAUACAACCCAUCAAACAACGAAUAUUUUCAUGAUAACGCAACUGGUACUUCUCAACGCACUCACACAUAUCAACUAGUAUCGCAUACUACUUAACGCAAUCUUAAAAAAGCAACCAUUUUGAAAUCUCUCCUCGAAGCGUAAUUUUUUGGCCGCGUACUAUGCCCUUCAAAACCCUUAUUUGUACAUAUCUCCUAUACUUUAAGGCACCGUCAGCCAGACGCGGUGCACCGUGUCGAAUUGUAAAUAUUUCGGUCGAAGUCUCUGUAAUGCCCUACUUAAUUAUGCUGCGGUUUUGAGAGGAUUGUACGACAAAAUCCCGGAAAUCAGGGCCGUAGGCUAGAUGUACCCAACACCGGAACGGUGAUUUGGAGUGUAAGUUAUAGCAAAAUCGACGAGGGAUGUGUGAAUUCACUGGGAAAUUAGGAAAAUGUGCCAUGUUUCGUACAUGAAAAUAAAUUUAAAAAUCGUAAUGUUGGGGUUUUCAGUGGUCCUCCAUUGGAAUCCAAGCGUAAAAUAACAUAAAACAAAAACAAAAAAACUCACUGUAAUCUUAAACAAGAGAAAAAUAAAAAGGCUAUUCGACUGUUAGAUAAGCGAAGAAGGCACAACAAAAGCUAGGGUACGACUGUAUUGGAGGAUAAAUUGUUAAUGUUUCUAAGUUAUAUAUGUAUUUUGAACAUUUCAAAUAAAAUGGGAAAAUUAUUCAAAA